AGGUUGCGGCGGGCGCGGAGCCCCGGCCGCGCGGGACUGGCCGUCGGGGCCCCGGGACGGCGGCCCCGGGGGCGCCCAUGCCAUGGAGAAGCUGGCGGCCGGGCUGGCCGGCCUGCGCUGGAGCAUGGGCGCCUUCCCGCUCGAUCUCAUCGUCAGCCGCUGCCGCCUGCCCACGCUCGCCUGCCUCGGACCAGGGGAAUAUGCUGAGGGCGUCAGUGAGCGAGACAUCCUGCUCAUCCACUCUUGCCGCCAGUGGACAACGGUGACAGCUCAUACCCUGGAAGAGGGCCACUAUGUCAUAGGGCCCAAGAUCGACAUCCCCCUGCAAUACCCAGGGAAGUUCAAGCUCUUGGAGCAGGCCCGGGAUGUGCGGGAGCCGGUGAGAUACUUCAGCAGCGUGGAGGAGGUGGCCAGUGUCUUCCCUGACCGCAUCUUUGUGAUGGAAGCCAUCACUUUCAGCGUCAAGGUGGUGUCGGGCGAGUUCAGCGAGGACAGCGAGGUGUACAACUUCACACUGCACGCGGGCGACGAGCUCACCCUCAUGGGCCAGGCGGAAAUUCUGUGCGCCAAGACCACCAAGGAGCGCUCGCGCUUUACCACGCUGCUGCGCAAGCUGGGCCGCGCCGGGGCGCUGGCCGGGGUGGGAGGUCCGGGGAGCGCGGGAGCUGCGGGCGGCGGUGGGGGUGCCAGGCCCAUCAAAGGCAAGAUGCCCUGCCUCAUCUGCAUGAAUCACCGCACCAACGAGAGCCUGAGCCUGCCUUUCCAGUGCCAGGGACGCUUCAGUACGCGCAGCCCGCUGGAGCUUCAGAUGCAGGAGGGCGAGCACACAGUGCGCGCGAUCAUCGAGCGCGUGCGGCUGCCAGUGAACGUCCUGGUGCCCAGCCGGCCGCCGCGCAACCCCUACGACCUGCACCCGGUACGGGAAGGCCACUGCUACAAGCUGGUCAGCAUCAUCUCCAAGACCGUGGUGCUGGGGCUGGCGCUGCGCCGGGAAGGCCCGGCGCCUCUGCACUUCUUGCUGCUCACCGACACACCGCGCUUCGCGCUGCCGCAGGGCCUGCUGGCCGGGGACCCGCGUGUCGAGCGUCUGGUGCGCGACAGCGCCUCCUACUGCCGGGAGCGCUUCGACCCGGACGAAUAUUCCACAGCCGUGCGCGAGGCGCCCGCCGAGCUCACCGACGACUGCGCCAGCCCGCGCCGCGCGCGCCUCUGCCUGCCUGCGCCGCGCGCCCCGGGGCCCGCGCGUGCACUCGGCCCGCCCCUGCCCGCGCCCUCCACAGACCGCGACCAGGAGGAGUACGUGAGCCCGGACUGGGCAGGUGUGCCCGAGCCCGCCGCGCCGCCCACCGAGAUCCCCUAUGAGGAGCUGUGGGCGCAUCAGGCUCCCGAGAGCCUCGCGGAGGGCCGCGCCCGGCCGCCCCCAGGGCCAGACCUCAUCUGUUUUGGAGCCGCGGGGUCUCCGCGUCGCGAGCCGGAAGCGCCGCCGCCUCCCGUCCCUCCCAAAUCAGAGGCGGUGAAAGAGGAGUGCCGCCUCCUGAAUGCACCCCCUGUGCCUCCCCGGGGUGGCAGUGGCCGGCUCUCAGGCAGCCCCCCUGUGCCGCCCCGUUUCCCCAAGCUGCAGCCUGUCCACUCACCCAGCUCCAGCCUUUCCUACUAUUCCUCUGGCCUCCAGGAUGGCACGGGUUCCCGCAAUGGCAGUGGCUCCCCGUCACCAGAUGCCUACUCCCUCUAUUGCUACCCUUGCACCUGGGGAGAUUGCAAGGUGGGCGAGUCCUCCAGCCGCCCACCCCCAGGUCCUCUGCCCUCCACAACCACACAGCCCAGCCAGGCCUCUAGGGCCCUUGCAGAGCCCCUGAGUGGUCGAGCCCCCUCCCUUUUGGGGGCUGACACCCCAGUCAAGACCUACCAUGGCUGUCCACCUCUGUUCAAGCCCUCCCACUCCCAGAGACGCUUUGCUCCCUUAGGAGCUCCCAACCCCUUCUCAGGGCCCACCUACCCAACAGGCCCUCCUGCCGCUUCUUCUGGGCCCACAACCUCCUCCAGUGCCUUGGCUACCUCCAGCCCUGCACAUUCCCCAGGCCCAGCCUCCCCUGGCCAGGCCUAUUCAGCUGCUCCUCCCUCUUCUCCGUCAUCCUCUGAGUGGCAAGAACCAGCCCUGGAGCCUCUGGAUCCCUUCGAGCUAGGGCAGAGCAGUUCUCCAGAGCUCGGUUUGCUGCGCUGUCAGGAGCCCAGAGUCAUGGGAGCACCCGGGCCUGGACCCUGCCUUUCGCCACUUGGUCCCCCUAAAGCCUUUGAGCCAGAAGGUUUGGUGCUGAGGCAGGUCCCUGCCUCACUGUCACCAGCUGCUCUGCAGGGGCCUGAGGCAGGAGGAGCCCGACUCUUUCUUACCCCAGGGCGGAUGGAGGGUCCUCCUGCCAGUCCCCGGGAUGGAGCCCCAGGCUUUGGAGGCCGGGAUGCCCCCUCCUGGCAGCCCCCUGCAGACCUAUCUGCGCUCUCCCUGGAGGAGGUCUCUCGCAGUCUGCGCUUCAUUGGGCUCUCUGAGGAUGUGGUGAGCUUCUUUGCCCGAGAGCGUAUUGAUGGAAGCAUCUUUGUGCAGCUCAGUGAGGAUAUCCUGGCCGACGACUUCCACCUCACCAAGCUGCAGGUCAAGAAGAUCAUGCAGUUCAUCAAAGGCUGGAGGCCCAAGAUAUGA